AUGCACGACUGGCGGAGAGGAUGUCUACUGAUAUGGCUGUUCUUCUCCCUCCUGGGACCUGCACUCGGCAGCCUGUACACGGGCGUUGCUGCUGGGGAGGAUUUACAGCGCUUCGCGUCACGCCCAGAUUUAAUGCCCCCGAAAUGGGACAUCACAUACCAUGACCGAAGCAAGCUCUCUCCGGGAUACUGGUUCGUGGCUCCGUACCGCUUUUCCGACAACCAUCUUGACGAUGUCAAGUGGACGCCUUGCGAAGUUGGGCCUAUGAUAUUCGACAACGAUGGGGAACUUGUUUGGAGUGGAGCAUGUCAGUUCAGCAAUCGCAUAACCUUCGACUUUGAUAUGGUUCAGUACCAGGGCAAGCCUGUGUUGAAAGGCAAUCUGAAACACUCUCGCUUCCCCAAGUCAGACUGCGGGGCCGGCUACUUCCUCAACAGCCAGUAUGAAAUGGAACACUCCGUCCUCCUCGCGAAGGACAUCGACCUGCUGAAUCAACAUGAGUUCAAUGUUGAAGCUGACGGACAUCGCACUCUUAUCACGACUCACAGGCGCGACCACAUCGACGCCAAGAACCUGGGCCUGGACGGCAAGGUCUGGGUGAGGACGGACGGCUUCAGAGAGAUUGACACGGAGACGGGAGAGAUGAUCUUCGACUGGGUCACGCAUGAGCAUGUCAGCUUGAACGAGAGCUCUUUCAAGACUCCUAGCCAGAAGAAGAUUGAUAAAAUCUCUCGGUCGGGCGGAUGGGAUGCGUACCACACAAACUCAGCAACCAAAAACUCAGACGGCGACUACCUCGUAUCCGUCCGCCAUACCGACACCCUCUUCCUCGUCUCUGGUAAGGAUGGCAGGAUCCUGUGGCGCUGUGGUGGAAAGCAAUCCGACUUCAAGUUCGAAAAAGGCGCCAAAUUCUCCCGCCAGCAUCACGCCCGCUACCUCGAGCACAACUCCAAACGCUCCGUCAUCUCGCUCAUGGAUAAUGCUGUGGGAGAUUUGCAGCAAGACAAGCAGCCAGCAACCCACGACUACUCCCGCGGCCUCAUUCUGGAGCUCGAGCAUCAGAAGGGUAAGCCUUUCGUAGCCCGGAUGCUGAAGCAGUACAAACGUCCGGAUGGAGCGUACGGAGACCGACGAGGCAGUCUUCAGAUUCUGCCUUCGGGUAAUGUGUUCAUGGCGUGGACGGAUGGCGGGUACCUGUCCGAGCACACAGACCAUGAUGAAGUAGUCAUGGAAGCUCGGUGGCUGAAGGAGGGACGUUUCGGAACUUAUCGGGGCUUUAAGCACGAUGGAUGGGUAGGGAGGCCGAAGACACCGCCUGAUGUCAAGGCAAUUGGGUACCGUGAUGCGACUUCAGAAACCACCGUCACGGCGAUCUACGUGUCCUGGAACGGCGCGACGGAGGUUCGGCGAUGGCGGUUCUCUGUUGGCGGCACCAUCCUCGGCGCUAUCGACAAGACGGGCUUCGAAACGGUCUUUACAGUCUUGAACGCCUCUGGUACGGUCAUCGUGGAGGCCUUCGACAAGAAUGGCAAGAGUAUCGGCAAUUCUGAAGACGUCGAGAUUGAAUGGACGAUUGGUGAAGGAGCUUCGAGCGGGACAACAAACAUGGACAACAGUCUCGAUGCUGUCGUCUAUCGAGGCCUGAGCACUCACCGCUUCUUGUUCAUGGCGAUGGUAUUAUUGAGUCUGGUCGGCCUCGGGACUGUCUUCUGGGUAGGUUCUUCCUGGCUCGUCAGGUUUAAGAGGAGACGGCGACGGGCUGGGUCGUAUACAGCGGUGCCGAUGGAGGAGAGUAUAGGUGUUGGUGUAGGAUAA